UAUAUUUUCGGGUCAUCUUCAAUAUUCCUCUCGAGUCAUUUCUCUGCAGCUAAACCCCUGCGGCUUUAGGUUCCAGAAACUUCGCUCAUCGAUUCAGGUUAAGACGUCACUGCUAGAAAUAUGGCGAAGCAUCAUCCCGAUCUGAUCAUGUGCCGGAAGCAGCCAGGAAUAGCUAUCGGUCGACUUUGUGAGAAAUGUGAUGGGAAGUGUGUGAUUUGUGAUUCAUACGUACGGCCUUGCACACUUGUCCGAGUUUGUGAUGAAUGCAACUAUGGAUCCUUUCAAGGCCGUUGUGUCAUCUGUGGUGGUGUUGGUAUCUCUGAUGCUUACUAUUGCAAGGAGUGUACUCAGCAGGAGAAAGAUAGGGAUGGCUGUCCAAAGAUAGUCAAUCUUGGUAGUGCCAAGACCGAUCUGUUUUAUGAACGUAAAAAAUAUGGUUUCAAGAAGAGAUGAGGGUCGGAUACCUCUUUCACACCCUUCGGUGAAGUUCACUACUGGAUUUUUGUACUAGCAUAAUUGUGUCAAAAUUAGGCAUUUGAGUAUAGCCUAUGAACUUACUCACUAUAUUGCCUUGGAACUUGCUGUAUUACAUACUCAUAUAACAAGUUUAACCCAUUGUAAUUUCGUUUUGUGCAAGGGUAUGCAACAAAAUGUCAACUCUAAUCGACUUUCGAUCUAGUCUCUUUUGGAUGUAAUUUGUGAAAAUUUUACUUCCAGUUAAUUUUCUAUCAUGAUUGUACACU